AUGUGGAAACCAAUAAUAUUGGACGUCGAGUGCAUCGUUUGCAACAAAACGUUGCAAAAAAUUAAACACGAUCCGUCCGAAAUAUUGCGGAAAAUGGGUAAGAUAACAAACAGACGAUCGAGGACGCCCAAUUGGUCUUUAGAAGAAAAGCAGUAUCUACUUGAACUAAUAAAACAGCACAAAGAAGUGGUUGUUACGAAGACUAACAAUGGCCCUAACCAUUCUGAAGAAAAAGAUGUCGCGUGGAAUGAGAUUUUACGCCAAUUGGCACACAAAUUCGGUGAAAAAUUUUCAGGGUUUUCGAUUAAAAAGGUCAAAACACAAUGGCAGAACAUGAAACGCAUCGCUCGUGAGGAAUUAUCUCUCGUGAAUGGUACAGCAAUACAACAAUGCACCAAACAGUCUUUAGAAGUGUUCAAUAUAUUAGAUUUAGUCAAAGAUGGAGUCCUUAAAAAGGAAAGUGAUAGGUUUAAUGAAACUACUUUAAGUACUAACAUUGAAAUUAAAACAGAAUGUAUUGAUGAAGAUAUUACUGAACUUGAUGAGAGCAGUAUAGAGAUGAACGAACGUCCGGAAAAUAUGCAAGAAAAAAACGACACGGCUACUUUAGAAUCUUCUGAAUCUUCAGUUUCAGAACAAAACCAUCUUGGUGAUGCUGAAAUUUCUGAAGGAUUAGAUAACAGAAAUAACACAAGAUCUUCUUUUGCAAUGACGGAAACUUCAUAUUUAGAUAAUAGUUUAAAUAGUACACUUUUUCACAGAGAGUUUCAAGAAUUUUUAAAGUAUUCAACCACAGAAAAACAAAUGAAAAUGGAAUCUCUCAAAGAAGAGCAACAAAUUGUAAGGGCUAUGAGAGAGACUGCAGAACUUAAUAAAAUCAUAGCUGAACAAAAAUUAAAACAUAUUUUAUGGAUAAAGAAGCGUGAAAUGUCG